UGGGCGGGUGGUGGGGCUCAGUGGACUUGCACCAUGGAGACGGACCUUCUGGAUCUUCCCCUGCCUUUGUUAGGAUUAGUCCUUGCAAAGCUUCAGAGUGUCGCCGAUGUUGCCUCAGUCGCCUGCAGUUGCAAGGUACUGAGAAGUGCUUGCCAAGAAGCCCCGCUGGCUCUACGAGUAGAGCCUCAGGAGGUUGGUGGCGAUGUUCCGCUAUCAAGGGUCCUGCCUUUGAAGGUGGCGCUGAAAGGGAUCUGUGAAACACUCAACAAUGUUGUCGCCCUGGACCUGAGAGGUUGCGCGGUGUCAGACAUGGACCUCCACUUCCUUCAAAGCAUCUCUGCGCUGAGGAGCCUGAAUCUUGGGGGGUGUCAGAAGCUAACGGUGGCAGCCGUGCAAGCUCUUAAUUCAGGCCAAUUUGGGCAGGGACUCGAGCUGCUCAACCUGCAGCGGUGCUUCCGGAUGUGGACCGCUGAUUACAGCUUGCCUUUGCUAGAGCUCCUCACGGGAGCAGGGUCUUCUGGCCGCUUCCUCAGGACUUUGCUCCUUAGCCACAUCUCCUCCUUGGACGCCCUAAAAGCCAUUCUCGAGCAUGACAAAAUAAGCAUCCUGGGGCCUUCGUUGUCAGAUGCGAAUGCUUGCCCUCAGUCAGGAGGGCCGCCUGCAGAGGUAGGGGAGUCACCUUUACAGAGGGUGCGCCUUGCUGGCCAACGUCUGCGAAUCCUUGCGAUGCACAACUGUGGCAAGAUUGAAACGGAACAUCUUCUUGCCUUGGCGACUGCCUCAAGCAAGCUUGAGGUUCUAUGCCUUGGGGGCUCAAAAGUGGAUUGCCAGAGAGUAGAUGAGGUGGCCGACGCAUUUUCCAGAUUCCAGCAGCUGCGCUUGCUUGAGGUCACCUUCUGGGAAGGGCAAGGAGCAUGGUCGAACGGAAAUGCCAACGGCUCAGUUUCCUGUGGGACGGCACUUCUUGCCUCUCUCCGGGCAUCCCUAUCCUCCAACCAGCAGCAGCGUCAAGUGCGGGUCUGGGACCUCUGCAACACUAAGGAUCUCGAGGAGGCCCACUCGUGGUUUCAUAGUCAUGCAUCAGCUCAGGAGAGAGCCGCUCUCACUGCGGCUUCGAACUGCUCCGAUCAGCGGCGGCGCACACCCCUGCAUGUAGCUGCAUCAAGGGGAGACACCGCAUCAGUGGUCCGCUUGCUAGCGCUUGGGGCGUCAGCAGGAGGGGAGGGAGUAGUGGUUGGAGAUGGUCCACGGGAUGUCGGGGGGGCAACAGCGCUGUUCCUAGCCGCCGAGAACGGGCAUGCGGGCUGUGUAGACGCCCUUAUCCGAGGGGGUGCCAAUGUCCUCGCUGCCAACCGGGGGAACGAGAGCCCACUGUACAUAGCUUCUCUGAAAGGUCAUUGCGACGUGGUCGCGGUGAUGUUGCAACACUGCCACACGAGGAAUCUUGAGUGGCAAGAUGCUAACGCGUAUGGGGAUGGGUGGACACCCCUGAUGGCUGCUGCAGUGGCCAACCGUCAGGAUGUUGCUAAUCUCCUGCUUCAGACAGCGUUUAAGGAGAGUGCAUCUGAACCGCCGGACCUCCUCCCGCCUGGGCUACCCUCCUUCGUCUCCAGCACUGUGCUAGCUCGAGAGACCCGUCAUGGCCUGCACUCAGGGGCCCAACUAGGGCCCUCAAAACGGGUCAGUUUAGGUGUGGAUAAAGAGCAGAUUAGCAGCUUCUCAGCACGCGCUGGCAACUUGGGAAGCAUUCCCCUCAUUGAUGCUCGGAACAGGUAUGGAAGCACGGCGCUGCAUAUCAGCGCAACGAAGAGCCUUACUUGGUUUGUUCUCAAUCUGCUUACUGCUGGGGCAGAUUGGCAUAUCCAAGAUUCUUAUGGCUUAACCCCGCAGCAGGUUGCUGCAAAGUUAGGGCAUAGGGAUGUUGAGCAGAUUCUGUCGAAGUGGGAUGUUGAUUUGUCGGGGUCGUCAAAGCUCCCAUCGGGUAGGUCGCGUGCAAGGGAGCGGCGAAAGGGACGGGCUUCAAGGAGGUUGGCUGCAUCUGGAGACUCUUAACCGGGUAUCACACGUCAACGAACGAACAGGGAGCCCGAGUCACAACUUGUCGAUUGCAGUCAAGUCGCAGUCAAUUUACUGAGCUGCAAAUCGUUGCAGGCAUGCCUUACUUGCACGCAGAAUUACAUAAGGGGUCGAUCAAUUGGGUGUCUCUUGACACUUCGAUGAAAAUGACAAACGAAAUCAUUACAUCCACC